GUUUGCGUGAUGGGUCUAGUUAAUAUGCAUGUCUACGGAUGAAGUCAGUGGGGGCGUUGUCCCAACCUCAUUUACAGUGACAGACGGCCUCUGUGAUGAGAGCUGCUACUGCCCUCGCAUGUAAACCAAGUUGAAAGAACUUAAGUCUUUCUUGCGAAACUGUCAGUGCUGUCGGAGCUACUGGUGGGUCCGGUACUGUCAUGAAAUACUGCUUCUGCUAAAAAUUUACUUGGCUGAAGGAUGACUUUUGUCUUUUAAAACCCUCGCGCUUUCGAAGACAGCGAGCGAGCUGUCGAUGGAGAUGGGAAAAUGCGGCUGCUGGUAUUCUACGUUGCCUUCUGUGGAUGUGUUUUCAGCUCUGCUUGGCCCUUGCAGAUGCAGUGUUACCACUGCGAGGAGAACCUGCUGGGCAAUGACUGCUCCGCCCCCCAGUUCAUUGUCAACUGCACCACCAACAUCCAGAACGGCUGUCAGAAGGAGGUCAUAGUGGGGGUGAACGGUGUGUCGUACCGCAAGGCCUGCGCCUCGUUCACCACCUGCCUGGUGGUGUCGGCGGGGUACCAGUCCUUCUGCUCCCCGGGCCGCGUGGGGUCCGUGUGCAUCAGCUGCUGCAACACGCCCCUCUGCAACGGGCCACGCCCUCCCCGCAUCUCCCUGGCGUCCGCCCUCCGGCCCCUCCCGCCCCUUCUGCUCCUCACCGGGACGCUGGCCACUCUGCUCUGAUCGGGACAACCCUACUCGGCCCCCGCCCCCGCCGCCCCCCCCCCACCGCCACCCCCAUCCCCAUCCCAGCCCGUCCCAGCCCAGCCGAGAGGAAAGCUCAGACAGGGUUGCUUUCUUUUGUCGUUUGUCAGAAGUCGGAGAUGUACAGCGCCGGACGGACCUCGUGCGAAAACCACAGGCCUUCUCAGCCGCGGCGGCGCGGCUCGCUAGCAGAAGCGCGGCUCGCUAGCAGAAGCGCGGCUCGCUAGCAGAAGCGCGGCUCGCUAGCAGAAGCGCGGCUCGCUAGCAGAAGCGCGGCGCGGAGCGGCGUGAUGAGGGGCGAUCUGCGGAGGCGGACGGUUUUUGGCAGCCGCCGCCCGCCCAUUUGUUCGGCGUGACUCAUUUUUUGACGCUGGCCCAAAGCGGGCAGGUGCAGUCCAGGAAUCUGGAACGGCCUCGUCUGCGCCGCGAUGGGCCGUUAAACGUUUUACGAGGCCUCCGAUUGCUCGCCGCCGAAUUGGACGGGGGGGGGGGGUCGGCGAAUGUCCGUCCCAGAAUGUAAAACAAGCAGAACCACAUCCAAGCCACCGAGUGUCAAUAGAAGGCCUGUCGUGUCCCGGCUCUAAACACUGGCGGUACACGGUGCUGUACCACUUACAUUUGACACUAGCCCUGACAACGUACUAAGGACCGUCUGGUCCCAGGUAAAAGGUGCAAGCUGAUAGUGGCCGUAUUUCACAGAGCAGCUACAAGUAAGAGAGGUGAACUUAAGCGUGAGUCCACGAAGCAGUUAUUUUAAUGGUUAUUAUAUUCUAAAUCAUAAACUGAAACGGGGAACGUGACUGUAAAUACCACUCCAAAAACAGUAAAAAAAAGACAGAGCAGUUCAUUCCAGUUUCAGCCUAAUAAAGUGAUAGAGUUUGUAUUAGAUGUUUCCAUCAGAAUUUCAAAGUGAAUUUACUUGUGUGCAAUUGUCCAACACCCAAUCCAAGGCAGAUGUUUCUAAAUGACUGCUGCAAUCUCUGCCAGCCCCCACAUUUUGCAGCUAGUGAUGACUUGAAUUAAUCAUUUACAUAUAAGAAUGAUAGUUUUGUUUUGCAGCCAAGGUGCAGAUUGCAACUGUUUCCACAUGCCUCGUUGCAGAUUCAAACCUGGCAAUUUGCAUUUUCCCUUCUGUUUGCAUGUUGAAAUAGUAAACUCGCUAAGGCCUAGCGUUUUUAUGAAGGCAACAAAUUUUUAUGUGCAGUGUUUCUACUUGUUAACUUUCAAAAUUGAGAAUCAGUAUUCAAGUCACAUAAAUUCACACUAAUUGAAAUAGUGAUGUUUAGUUGUGGAUGAUGCUUGUUCAAUAUCAUCACUUAAUUGCAGAAAAUUACACACACACAGGCUUGGAUUGAAUCAACAUUUGCCAUUAACUUUGCCUUAUCAUUAAAUGCCUUUGCCAAACAGUUUGGAAAAUCCAUUUUUCCGAUUACAAAACUACCCAAACUGUCUGUGAAGGAAGACUUGCAUUAAAUAGUGUCAAAUUUAAGGACAAAUGUUGAUCGAAUUCAGUCCACAAACACACAAUGAAGGCAUGUCACUGUAUUUUUGUUUGUGGUAGAACACUUACUGUGCAAUGUGGUCUGUGUGGUGCCGUGUUGGAUUAUAGUGUUGUGGUGCACAGAAUCAAAUAAUUAAUAUAUUAUAUAUGUUACCUUUAAUGUGUAACAUUUGAAAGAGCCCUUCUAAAUAAAGUCACUUUUGGACAAA